GCAUUCUUGAUAUAACUAGGGUUUUUAUUUUAUAAUUGAUACCAUGUCUCAAAAGCUUGAAGCAACCGCUGAAAUACAAUCUUCAGCUGACAAGUUCUAUGGUUUCUUUAAAAACAGAAUGAGUGAUCUUGUCAAUAUAUUCCCUGCAGGUUUCAAAAGUGCUCAAGUAAUCGAAGGACAGGAGGGAUCUGUUGGUGCAGUCUUGUUGUACAAUUUUGUGGCUGGAGGGAUCACGCAGACGGUGACGCUGAGGACUGAAGCAAUAAAUGAUGAACAAAGAACUGUAACAUACAAACUGAUGCUACCAAAAAUCGUACUUGCUGAUUUUCCGAGCUUGAUGACUGGUGAGGAGCACGAACGUGAUCUUCCGAUACCUGAAACAAAGGCAACGAGGUGUGUUCUCGUCGCCCCUCCGAUGCUUAAGUGUUUGUUAGUUAGGUACCCAGGUCUUAGGAGGCAGCAGUUGAGUAUCUGGGUAACUUUUGGAGUUGAGCCUUUGAUUUUGGAGUCAGAGCAACACAACAUAAUGGUUAGGGGGUUCACUGUUUGGUAUCUAUCAUCGACACAUGCCACGUUCGUGUCCAGUAGUGUUACACAGGACGGGUGUGUCAUGAAAGAUGAAUGA